GCUUUGAAACUAGAAAUAAUCCGUUAAUUUUAUAGUUCAAAGAGUUGUUACUGGCGCUGGACGAAACAUUUUCGUUGCAACGACAGUGAAGUAAACUUUAAUUUUAAGUAAAUCGACCAAAUUUUAAAAAAAUUAUAAUACUAAAAUUAUUAUGCCCGUACCCACAUGUUCGGGAGGCUCGUGUACAAUUUCGAAGCCAAAAAAAUCGACAACCACUAAGUCGAAACCAAAAUCAACAAGCACAAGCGCCAAGAAGACUACCGUCAAAAAGACUACGGCCAAGAAAUCGACACCCAAACCCAAGACAACCACAACAAAGGCCAAAUCAACAGCUAGUAAAACGAAGAAGUCUACAACAACAAGGAAGUCAACAACUGGUGCAAAGUCGAAAACCGCUGCGCGGAAAACAACAACUACACGCCAACGGAACGACAGUUAUUAUAGCUGUAGUUCCGGUGGUUGUUACUAAUAUUGACGAGCGGAACAUGGAACUGCUGAGAAAAGGACUCUUAAUGAUUCUGGUUUAGACGAAAAAUGGAUGAGCCUGCAACCUAUAUUUAUGUUUUAGUUAUUUUAGUUAUGUCAUAAAAAAUAUCUUUGUAUUUGUACUGAAAAUGUAACACUUGAUGUGAAUUUCAUAAUAAUAAAGUGCCCUUGGGUGCAAAAAUAUACAUUCAA